ACACUGCUGACCACUCUUCUAUAUUUCAUGUCUUCUUCUUCCGUUAUGACGCGUCAGCACUGACGCCUGACCACCUUACCUUCCAGGCGGGGCUCCCACACUCAUGCCGCACGGUGUGGGGGCUACGAGCUCAACGCCGCAGAGCUGCUGCACGUUGCCAGCCUGAUUGUCAGCCUGAUUGCCAGCCUGGUUGUAUAUCCCUUUGCCGUAGUCUCCCAUCCGACAUACCUUGGCUCCCCUGUUCUCAGAGACGUGUCUUUCUCUACCUGGAAGAACCAUCGACCCGACACGCUGGGUAGCUGCUCGUAGCGCCAAUCAGGCAAGCUGGUUGUCACGCUUGGCGGAUACCGCGCCUCUUCUGCGGCCCAUAAUCCUUCCCCACUGCGAACACUUCUACCCGCAGUGGAUGGAGGUCACGAGAAGUGGCUUCUGAUGAUUGAAUCCGUUGCUGACACUGCGAGGAGUCUGCGUGCUGCACUUGUGCCGGAGCCAUUAUGUCACUAGCCCCACCGGACCCUAGCGGAGCUACAGGCGCGCUGCUCUCGAAGACGUGCCAGAACUGUUUCUCUCUGAAAAUUCGAUGCGAUCGUACCCAGCGCCAGGAUAUCUGCGACCGAUGUGCCCGCCUGGGCAAGAACUGCGUGUUCCGGCCAGCCCGGCGGCGUGACAACUCGGCUAAGCGCGACUCCCGUAUCCAGGCUCUCGAACAGCAGGUCAAAGACCUACUUCGGUUACAGCAAAAAGGCCCCAUUGUGCAGCAGUCCCUCCCUGAAGGCAGUGCGACAGCCGCUGAUCCAAGCUCGCCGCCCGUCGCUGGUGAAGGUGACAUUAUCGAUGAUGACGUCGUGUCUCUCGAGCGAGCUGAGACGCUCAUGGGCAUGUACAAGGAAGAGCUAAUGCCACACUUCCCCUUCGUCAUAAUACCACCCCAUACAACCGCGAGCGAUCUACGACAUGCGAAGCCUUUCUUGUUCCUUGCCAUAAUAUCAGUAUCCUGCUAUCAUGAUCUCCAGACGCAGGACAAGCUGUACCACCGCUUCAAGUACAUGGUCAGCGAGAAAGUUCUGUAUGGCGGCGACGAAUGUCUAGACCUGCAAUAUCUUCAGGGGCUUUUGGUCGCACUGGCUUGGAACCAAUUCCACGGUCGAUCGAAGAACUACUCGCAGUAUCUACAGCUCGCCAUCUCGAUAGCCGUCGACCUCCGCCUCGAUCGCAAGCCAAUACACCAGAAGCCUGACGAGGGCAGCAAGCGAGACCCGAUUGCAAGAGAUCAAUACAAAGGCGAAGGGAACACAGACUCCUCCGCACAGCGAGCAGCGGCAGGUCUGUUCUACAUAGCAUCCACCAUUGCAAAACUGCUUGACAAGAUGAACACGUUCGCUUGCACGCCUUUCAUUGAAGAGGGAUGCCGAGCUUUACAGCAGAAAGCUGAGUAUAGGACUGACAAGGACCUGUAUUAUGUGAUACGUCUGCAAAGGAUUCUCGAAAACAUCGACCAAAUUGCGAAAGCAGCCCACAAUUCAGACACCGAAGCACACUCAUCGUACCUUCGCGUAAGGGCAGAACUCGAAGAAUUCAGAGUGUAUCUAUGCUCUGAUGUCAGCGAUAGCCAUCUGCUGUUCAUGCAGUUUCACACGGCAAAGCUCUUCCUCUACCAAGUCGCUUUCUUUGAGCGAAACUUGCAACAAUCCCCAUACCUGCAUCUAAACAUAUUGUGCGAGGGUUUAGAAGGCGCCAAGUCGUUCCUCGACCUCUAUCUGUGGCUGCCUCCAAAGUCAGAGAUGGCCCUCACCAAUAUCGAGUGGAUCCAGCUAAGUUUCGGCGUCACACUUGCUGCGAAGUUUGCCAUUGUGAGCAGGAAUCCUCACGUCGAAGCCCAGACUCGCGAGCUUCGCAAUCGUCUAAACAUUGACCACGUCUUCCGGCACCUGGUUCUUCGAAUCGGCGCGCUGGUCGGCCGGGCCGGAGAUGGCGACAAGCAGAAGGACAUAUUCUUCUACUACGAACAGCGUACUCGUAAGAUCCAGAAGUGGUACGAGAAGAUGAUCCGGGCUACUGGUGCCCUCAGCCCUCCACAAGCUGCCUAUCAACAUGCCCCGUCAUCACACCCCCAGCCACAAACGUCUCCGCCUGGCUCAACACCGCCAUCCGGCAUUCCUGUAUCGUCAACCUUCUCGCACCAGCAGCCGCAGAGCUACACAGCGCCUAUCAGCUAUCCCGACUACUCCGUGCCCCAGAACGUGGGCCAGCAUUCUCAGCCGCCAAUGCAGCCGCCAAUGGCUGCCGUGGGCUUGACACCGCUGAGCUCGUAUCAACAAUACAGCCCAACUCCCGCUAUUGCGUUCCCAGACCUCAUGAUGGCGCAGGGCUGGGACAGUAUGUUUGCGAUUCCCAUGGAGCAUGACCCGCUCUUCGACACAAGCCAGGGGUACGGCCUGGGCAUGGCCAGUCCGCCGAGCGACGGUUCGUCGUGGGCGGAGAGCCCGGCUAGUCAGUAGAUGAUGCAUGGGUGUAGCUAGGCAGUGCUGUAUGUGGUGUACAUAGAUCUAACGAUACGGCUU